CCAGCGAUGUGUCCUGGCCUCUGGGGGACAUGCUUCUGGUUGUGGGGAUCACUUUUAUGGCUCAGCAUUGGAAGAUCAGGGAACGUACCCCCUACCACCCAACCGAAGUGCACUGACUUCCAGAGUGCCAACCUCCUCAGAGGCACCAACCUCAAAGUCCAGUUUCUCCUCUUUACCCCCUCGGACCCCGGCUGUGGACAACUAGUAGAAGAGGACAGUGACAUCCGGAACUCUGAGUUCAAUGCCAGUCUGGGAACCAAACUAAUUAUUCAUGGAUUCAGGGCGUUAGGGACAAAACCUUCUUGGAUCAACAAGUUUAUCAGAGCUCUCCUGCGGGCAGCGGACGCUAAUGUGAUUGCAGUGGACUGGGUUUAUGGUUCCACGGGCAUGUACUUCUCAGCUGUGGAGAAUGUGGUCAAGUUGAGCCUGGAGAUCUCCCGUUUCCUCAGCAAACUUUUGGAGCUGGGUGUGUCAGAGUCCUCAAUCCACAUCAUUGGUGUCAGUCUGGGGGCUCAUGUUGGAGGCAUGGUGGGGCAUUUCUACAAAGGCCAGUUGGGACGGAUCACAGGUCUGGAUCCUGCUGGACCAGAGUACACCAGAGCCAGCCUGGAGGAACGCUUAGAUUCUGGUGAUGCCCUGUUUGUGGAAGCCAUCCACACAGACACUGACAAUUUGGGUAUCCGGAUUCCUGUCGGACAUGUGGACUACUUUGUCAAUGGAGGCCAAGACCAGCCUGGAUGCCCUGCAUUCAUUCACGCAGGUUACAAUUACUUGAUCUGUGAUCACAUGAGGGCUGUACAUCUCUAUAUCAGUGCCUUGGAGAACACUUGCCCACUGAUGGCCUUUCCCUGUGCCAGCUACAAGGCCUUCCUCGCAGGAGACUGUCUGGACUGCUUUAACCCUUUCCUGCUCUCCUGUCCGAGGAUUGGACUGGUGGAACGAGGUGGUGUCAAGAUUGAGCCGCUCCCCAAGGAAGUGAGGGUCUAUCUCCAGACUACAUCCAGUGCCCCAUACUGUGUGCACCAUAGCCUCGUGGAGUUUAAUUUGAAGGAGAAGAGAAAAAAGGAUACCAGCAUCGAGGUCACCUUUCUUGGCAACAAUGUAACGUCCUCGGUCAAGAUCACCAUACCUAAAGAUCACCUUGAAGGGAGAGGGAUCAUCGCCCACCAAAACCCACACUGCCAGAUAAACCAGGUGAAGCUCAAGUUCCACAUUUCUAGCCGGGUUUGGAGAAAAGACAGGACUCCCAUUGUUGGGACUUUCUGUACCGCUCCUCUGCCGGUCAACGACAGCAAGAAGACGGUCUGCAUCCCUGAGCCAGUGCGUCUGCAAGUGAGCAUGCCCGUUCUCCGGGACCUGAAAAUGGCCUGUGUGUAGCCUGAGCCUACUCUGGAGGCAGAGGCCGGAAUUUUUCGAGGGCAGUGUGGCAAGGGCUGUUUGUGAGCGCCAUAUUCCACCCUGUUUCUCCUAAGGGGGGAAGGCCAAAUUCUUGGUGGUUUUCUCCAUAAGUAGUUACUGCGGAAGGGACAGAUGACUCAUAUUACAGAACUUGAUCUCCGUCACCGACUUACAAAGCUUUAUACAGAUGCCAUUUCAGCUUCUCUAUUUCAACACAACUGUGAUUGCCUCACAGCCUUAAGUAUCUAUACUUAGGAUUCAAUGGAAAAUGUACUCGGAGAAAUGUUUUGAAUAAACCGUCAUGGAAUAUCUGAAUCA